CUCAGGAGCCGCCGCCAUUUUGAGGCCGCCGCGGCCGCUACCCCGUCCCCGCUCCGCUCCCGCUCCCCGCCGGUGCCGCCGCCGCGAUGCGUCCCGGCAUCAAACUCUUCGUGGGCAACGUCCCCGAGGAGGCGACGGCGGAAGAGCUGAGCGAGCUGUUCGCCGGCGCCGCGGGGCCGGUGCUGGGCAUCGCCCUCAUGAAGCAGUUCGCCUUCGUGCACCUGCGGGACGAGGCGGCGGCCGCGCGCGCCAUCUCGCAGCUCAACGGGCACCAGCUGCACGGCCGCCGCAUCGUGGUGGAGCCGUCCCGGCCGCGCCCCACCAACACCUGCAAGAUCUUCGUGGGGAACGUGUCGGCCGCGUGCACGAGCGGGGAGCUGCGCUCGCUCUUCCAGCAGUACGGCCCCGUGGUGGAGUGCGACGUGGUGAAAGGUACCGGACCCGCCGCUGGGGCCGCGCGGCCCCCGCCGAGCUCGGCCCGCGCCGCCGGGUGACCCCCGAGAAGGGACCCGAGUUCCGUCCGACCGCGGCGCCGCCGCCCCCCGCCCGGACCCCGGCGCCGCCCGGGCUGGUGGAGCCGGGGGGGUGCGAGCCCGUGGGGGCUCCCUGAACCCCCCCCCUUCCCCAGGACCCCCGUCCUGGCAGCCGCGUCCUCCACCAUCGCCACCUCCCCCCAGCCCCAGGUGGGGCUGUACGAGCCUGUCCGGGCUCCCCAGCCCGAGCCCCCCCAUUAUCCCCUUGAAGCCACACGUCCUCCAUCGCCUUCGCUCCGCGAGCCCCCGUGGGCUCCCCGAACCUCCCUGUUCUCCCCCCUUCCAGCCACCCGCGUCCUCCUCCAUCGCCUCCCCCGCCCCAGGCGGGGCCGUGCGGGUCUGACGGGGCUCCCCACGCCCCUCAACCCACCCCCAUUGUCCCGCCCUCCAGCGCCGCUUCCCUCCCGCCGGCCCUGCUCGCUGCACCCUCUGGGACAGCCUGGAGGGAGCCGGGAAACCCCCGAGGGGCUCCACGGCUCCACACUGGGGAGCCCCAACAGGGUGUGAUGGUGUCACCCCCUCGCCCUGACCCUGCUGUGAGCAGGUGUCACCCUCGUGUCACACCCAUCGUGGCAGUGCCACCACGUGUCCCCCUGACCCUGAUGCCAAAGGUGUCACCCACAGGUGUCACCCGCAGUGCCCACGUCUGUCCCCUCUGCCCCGGUGAUGUCCCACAACGACAUCCCACAACGGUGUCCCCCCGUCCCGGCGACGUCUUCGCCGUCCCCUCGCCCGCAGGAGGGGGACGUUGUCGCUCUGCUCUCUCUCGUCCCAGGUCGCAGCUGCCAGCGGAGCCCCAGCAGGACCCACCCGCGUCCCCUCGGGCUCGGGGGGUGCCAUGGCCGCCCCGGGGGGUGACGGGAGGGCCGGGGGGAACGUGGGGGGACAUCCCCUCCCCUCCUUGGGCCGCAGGGACAGGAGGCGGGAGGGCAGGGUGGCGGAGGGGACGCAGGAGGAGGUGACUCAGUGCAGACGCUCGAGGGUCCAGGGGGGGUUUUUGCUCUGCCAGCGACGCUCCUGGCGCACCCUCGGGCGGU